AUGGGUAGAUUUGUCCGUCUAGCUCGGAGUAUUCUCUCUUCCCCCGCCUUAGUUCCCCAUCCUUUCAAACACCUUCGUUUGGCUCCUCAAUCAACGUUCACCGCUGCUAACUAUUUCCACUCAGUUUCAGUUGUAGUUCCCAACACUGAGACCCAACAAACUAACUCCACAAACUCUACAAAGCCGCCAUCAUCGUUAAGAGUAAGGAAGAAGGCUCAGUCUCGCCGCAACUCCGCAUUCACACAUACUAAUAAUAAUACAGCCGUCGAGCUUGCAUUCAAUUCUGUUGUCAAAAUCUUCACAGUUUCAUGCAGUCCCAACUACUUACUCCCUUGGCAGAACAAAUCCCAGCGCGAAUCUAUGGGCUCGGGGUUUGUAAUUCUAGGGAGAAAGAUUCUUACCAAUGCUCAUGUUGUAGCUGAUCAUUCAUUUGUACUCGUAAGGAAACAUGGAUCUCCAAACAAGUAUAGAGCACAAGUGAAAGCUGUUGGUCAUGAAUGUGACUUAGCUUUAUUAAUUGUUGACUCUGAUGAGUUUUGGGAUGGAAUGAUUCCUUUGGAGUUUGGAGACAUUCCUUUUCUGCAACAAGCUGUUGCUGUUGUAGGAUACCCUCAAGGAGGCGAUACCAUUUCAGUCACUAAAGGGGUUGUUUCUAGGGUUGAACCUACACAGUAUGUUCACGGUGCGUCACAGCUUAUGGCAAUACAGAUUGAUGCAGCCAUAAAUCCGGGGAAUAGUGGUGGUCCGGCUAUUAUGGGCAAGAGAGUUGCUGGUGUAGCAUUCCAAAAUCUUUCUGGUGCCGAGAAUAUUGGUUACAUCAUACCUGUACCUGUAAUAAAGCAUUUUAUAUCUGGUGUAGAAGAAAAUGGAAAAUACAUUGGAUUUUGCUCCCUGGGUUUAUCGUGCCAGACUACUGAAAAUGUGCAUCUCAGAAACCAUUUUGGUAUGCAACCUGGCAUGACUGGGGUCCUUGUAAACAAAAUAAACCCACUUUCAGAUGCAUACAAGGUUUUGAAGAAAGAUGAUAUUAUACUUUCAUUUGAUGGGGUGCCUAUAGCAAAUGAUGGUACAGUUCCUUUCAGAAACAGAGAACGGAUAACAUUUGAUCACUUGGUGUCUAUGAAGAAGCUUAAUGAAAAAGCAUUAGUCAGAGUUCUGCGUGACGGCCAAGAGAUUGAACUCAGUAUUAUUCUCCAACCUAUUCAACCUUUAGUUCCAGUUCACCAGUUCGAUAAACUUCCAAGUUAUUACAUUUUUGCUGGUCUGGUAUUUGUUCCACUCACUCAGCCAUACCUUCAUGAGUAUGGGGAGGACUGGUAUAAUGCUUCACCUCGUCGUUUGUGUGAACGGGCUUUGAGGGAAUUACCCAAGAAAGAAAAUCAACAACUUGUUAUUUUAUCACAGGUCCUGAUGGAUGAUAUCAACGCUGGAUACGAGCGUCUUGCAGACUUACAGGUUUUGAAGGUUAAUGGAACAGAAAUUGACAAUCUGGAACACUUACGCAAACUUGUUGAAAACUGUAACACAGAAAGCUUGCAUUUUGAUUUGGACGACAAUAGGGUCAUUGUCUUGAACUGUGAAGCAGCAAAAAUCGCCACUUCUAGAAUUUUGACCCGUCACAGAAUACCUUCAUCAAUGUCAGCUGAUCUUAUUAAUGCACAGAAUAAUUUGUAA